GCUGUUUGUUAUUGAUAUUUCACGUGUUGGUUGGUGUCGUUGUGCUGUUUAUACAGUAAUUUGUAAUUUUUAUAAUUUUAUUGAGCACGAUAACCUGUUAGUACAGACUUUGAAUCAGUGUUACAAUUGGAUUUUCUCGUCACUAUUUACAAGUUUGAGAAUGCCGCUGGACAGUGACGACGAAGCGAUAGCCCAUAUAAUAUCCGCCUAUAAACACGAAGUUGGCCUAGAUCUAGACUCUGCAGAAACAUUCACAUCUAAAGAUUCCGGUCGAGAUGAAUCUAGUUCCGACGAAUCUUCGGAGAAACAAGUGAAGGAUGAUCAAAAAAGUCUUCACUCGGAAAGUGAGGAUGAUGCUGUGGAUCGGGAGAGGGAAGCGGAUGCUGCUACAAGCAGCAAUGAUGAGAAGAAAGACGAUAUCUGUGUCGCCAUCGAACGUCCCAAAACCCAGAAGGAAAAGAAUCUAAUGGCUAUGGUUUUUGGCAGAAAAGCUGAGUUGGUAUCAAAUUUAAAGCGUGAUUCGAUAAACGAUGCCGGUAGCGACUUUCAAGGGAGUAAACGGCAACGCACCGCAGCAUGGCACGAUUCCGACGAUGAUAAUGAUAGAGACUUUCCGAAGAAGAGUAAUAAACAUGAGCUCAAGACCACAAUUAAUCGAAGGAGGAAGAAUUUUGAGAAGAUUGUUGGUCAGCCGAAAUGGGCUGAUCUGAACAGAAAACAAGCGGUCGAUUCCGAUGACGAACUGCUAAAAACAGUUGGGCACGUCGUAAAGGGAAUCAGUACAGAUCUUCCAAAGGAAAAUAUUGAAUUGAAGCGAUUAAAAAACUUGAACCGAGAAACGAAAAAUGAAGGAGAAAUAACAGCAAUCAAUUUUCAUCCCACUUCAAUGGUGGCGGUGAUGACAGGUAUGAAUGGGCUCGCUUCCAUUGUUGCUGUUGAUGGAACCAAGAACGAGAAGCUGCACACAAUUGGGAUGAAGAAGUUUAAAAUUGCUUGCUGUCGAAUGUCGCCUGAUGGGAACGAGAUCUUGUUUGGCAGCUUUCGGAAAUUCUACCAUGUGUACAAUCUCAUAUCUGGGCAAAGUGACACGCUCCAACUUCAGGGGGAUAGAGUUUGGACCAUGAAAAACUUUGAGCUAUCAAAUUGCGGAAAAUAUAUUGCGGUGGCGGGAGGAUUUGGCGAAAUUCAUCUGCUGGAUGCUAGGAGUAAAGAGUUGUUGACAACCAUUCAGCAGAACCACUGUUGUUCCUCUCUCUGUUUCUCAUCGGAUUCCAAAUAUCUAUUAUCCCAUAGCAGUGACAAUGAAGUAUCAGUAUACCACCUAGAAAAGCGUCGAUUUGUCAACGUUUUUACUGAUGAUGGUUGCGUCAACGGAUCUUUCAUCACGAUUUGUCCGAACAACAGAUUUGUGGCAACGGGAAACAGACAAGGCAUUGUUAAUAUUUACUCGUUUGAAAAUGUGUUGAAAGAAAAGUGUCCUACUCCAGAGAAGACGAUUUCUAAUCUAACUACCUCCGUUGGUUCAAUGGCUUUUAACGUGACUUCCGAGCUGUUAGCCAUAGCCUCACCGGAAAUACCAAACGCUGUCAAGCUAAUACACAUGAAGAGUGGAACAGUCUAUCGAAACUUCCCGAUGAUGAAUGCUGCUCUGGGACACGUAACGCGGGUUAAAUUUUCACCCGGCAGCGGUUAUUUGGCGCUUGGGAGCCGCGAAAGCAUCGUUUCACUGUUUAGAGUUAAACACUAUCAGAACUAUUGAAGUUCGUCUAUUAACAUUUAUUCAUAAACAUUUGUCGAAUAAAAUUAAUUCGAAGUCCA